AUGUCUAAAAUAAACGUUGCAAUUGUCGGAACCGGAAUCUUUGCGUCCAAGGCGCACUUGCCAGUCUUGCAGAAGUCUGAGUACUUCACUCCGUACUCGUGUUACAACAGAACCAAGGCCAAGGCCGAGGAAUUUGCCAAAAAGGACGCCAAUAUCGAGAAAGUGUAUGACACUUUGGAGGCGGUCUUUGAAGACCCGAACGUCGAUCUUGUCGACGCAUUGCUUCCUGUGCAGUACAAUGUCGACGCAUUGAAGCUGGCCGUCACACACAAGAAGAACAUCUGUUUGGAGAAGCCAAUUGCCGCCAACAUCGACCAGGCCAAAGAGCUUGUGCAGCUUGCCAGAGACCACCCGGAAAUUAGUGUUACUAUUUUGGAACACUGGUCCUACUACAAGGCGGUGACCGAAUUGAGCAACGCAAUUGCCCAGAUCGGAACCGUGUACUCGUUCACCUACCAUGCGACCGGUCCUUUCAACUACGACAACGCCUACCUCAACACAUCCUGGAGACAGAAGCCAGAACACGUUGGCGGGUUCUUGAGUGACGGUGGAGUGCACCAGCUGGCGUUCUUGACCGGCGUGUUGGGAAACAUCAAGACUGUUUCUGCACACACCAGACAGGUCAGAGAGCAGAGCGGAACUGACGACAUCGCGUACGCUCUUUUGGAAACCGAAGCGGGGCAAAUCGGCACUUUCACGUACGGCUCUGCGUUUGGUAACACCAAGAAGAGCUGUUUCUUCGAGAUUCUCGGCGACAACGGCUCGGUCUACCACGACUUCAGCCCCGGCAGCGACAGAUCCAUCACGCUGAGACUGGGAGGAGCAACUGCCUCCACGAAAAACGAGGAGCACGUGAUCCCAAUCAAGAACGAGUACGUGAGCGUGGACAGAGAGUUUGAGGUGCUGGGCCAGGCCCUUUCGUCGAACAACUGGUCGCUUAUCAAGACCACUCCGGAGGUGUGUUUCCACCACUUGAGUAUUGUGGACGCAAUUGUGCGCAGCAGUGAGAAGAACGGUGCUCUUGUUGAAGUUACCAAGCCGUGA